AAAUUAUGAUCAAGAUCAUCACACCUUUAAUUUACGACAAGAUUCUACAGACAACGAUGAUGAUUUAGGAGUGAACGUUGCAAGAAGAGUAAAGAAUAAUCGUAGUAGAUACAAUAAUAUUAACAACAGCAACAAUAAUAGAGCAUAUCGUCGAAGAGUGCCUAAUUUUAAUUAUUAUGAUGAUGAUGUACCACCAAGUCCAUACAUUCCAAAUCCAAAUGCAGAUUUUUCACCACCUUGUCCAAUGGUACCAGUACAAGAAAUAAUUCCUUGUAUGUCCGAAACAUUUGAAGAUAAGUUCAGACUGAGUGCACAAGCGUUUGAUGAUUUAACAAAAUUGGCAUUGGGUUUUUGGAGAGAAUGUAAAGAUGUUCCUAUUGAAUGGGCAAAUACUGAUACAUUUUUCAAAAGUGUACCUGUCGAGUUUCGUCAUUAUCGUUAUGAAUACGACCAUACAAAUGAAGAAGAUGAUUCAUGGAAACCACCAACAUGGGGUGAUUGGAGUAGCAUUGAACAAGCGAACAAAUCAAAACCUGCAAACGUCAAGAAAAAAAGUAUUAAGCGUCAAAUUUAA